AUGGAAUAUGGAGGGUUCUCAGAUAUUUUUGCCCCAGAAACGGAGUUUAUGGAUGAGCUAUUUGCAGAAGGAUGCUGGGUGGAAACAAGGGUUGGAUGUGGCACGGAGGCUUCAAAGUGGAACAGGAGCAUGGAGUCGAAUGGGGCGCACAUAAUAUUUGAGGAAGAAUCAGAGGCAGAAAGUUUGAUGGUGGGGAAGAGAUGGUGGAUUGGACCAAGGGGGAAUCCGGGGCCAUCUUCGUCUGUGAAGGAGAGAUUAGUGGUUGCGGUUGGGUACUUGAAAGAAUACGCCAAGAACUCCAAUAUGGUGAUUCAGGUAUGGGUCCCCGCCCGGAGAGGAUGUGAAGUAGGGAUUCAUCACCAUCAGGAUUUCCCAUACACCCUCGACUAUAUUAGCAAUGGGGAUGCAACAAGAUCCUUUCAGUUUCACGAGGAGUGGCUUUCUGAUCACUGGCCUCCCAACAUUCGCUUCCUCAGAACUCAUGACUACCCCCGCCUUCACCACUACGAUCUACGUCCUGGAUCUCUCGCCAUUCCCGUCUUUCAGAGAGGCACUGGAAUUUGUCUCGGUGUUGUCGACAUUCUCAUGCCCAACAACGUAAACCCGGACCUUCACAACCUUCAGGAUGUUGAUUUUAGGAGCCCUUCUCUUCAGAACUUCAUUCCAUCAGCCAUGACCGGUUUUGAUGAGUUAUACCAAGGUGCAUUGAAUGAGAUAGUACAAGUGUUGACAUGUGUGUGCAAGGCGCAUGAGUUGCCUUUAGCUCUGACAUGGGCUCCCUGCAUCCAACAAGGAAAGAGUGGAUGCGGGCAUUCUAACGAUGAGAAUUAUGUGUCGACUGUUGAUCCAGCAAGCUUUGUGGCAGAUGUAGAUGUAUUGGGAUUCCUGGAAGCCUGCUCUGAGUACCACCUUUUGGGGGGUCAAGGAGUGGUUGGAACAGCCUUCACAACCUCCAAGCCUUGCUUUGCAAAUGACAUCACUGCCUUCACCAAGGCUGAAUAUCCUCUCGCACACCAUGCAAACAUGUUCGGCUUGCAUGCCGCCGUGGCCAUUCCUCUCCGGAGUGUCUCCUCUGAUUUUGUCCUCGAGUUUUUCCUCCCAAAGGAUUGCCAUGACACCCAAGACCAGAAGCAGAUACUCAACUCCUUGUCUAUGCUGGUGCAGCAAGCUUGCCGGAGUUUGCACGUUGUACUGGACAAGGAGGAGGAGGAGGAAUUGGUGUCACACCAUCAUCAUCAUCAUAGCAAAGAAAUGGAAUCAUCAUCAUGGAUUGCACAUAUGAUGGAGGCCCAACAGAAGGGGAAAGGUGUGUCCGUGUCUCUGGAAUACCUCCAAGAGCCAAAACAAGAGUUCAAGGUGACAACCAACUGCAAUGAACAGGUAUUCUCGGACUUGGAAGGAACAGGCGGUGCUGGUGUCGGUGGCCGCCGGGGUGGCAGGAAAUCAGGCGACAAGAGGCGAACCAAGGCAGAGAAGACAAUCAGUUUGCCGGUUCUAAGACAAUACUUUGCAGGAAGCCUAAAAGACGCUGCCAAGAGCAUUGGGGUAUGUCCUACCACUUUAAAAAGAAUAUGCAGACAACAUGGGAUUACGAGGUGGCCUUCAAGGAAAAUUAAAAAGGUGGGGCACUCCUUAAGGAAACUUCAACUUGUGAUCGACUCUGUCCAGGGUGCCGAAGGUGCCAUUCAAAUUGGCUCCUUCUACACCAGUUUUCCAGAGUUGAGUGCCAAUGGUGUUUCCGAAUCACCCAAGAUAAACAGUGAUAAUUCCAAGUUUUAUUCCGAAAAUGGGUUGUUUAGUAACCAAGGAGUUACUUCCACUUCGUCUUGCAGUCAGAGUUGUAACCCGAGUUUGAACCAAUCAACCACUCUUAUCAACAGCAACAAUAAUAACAAUCCUGAGAUUAUUCUGAUGUCAGAUAAGCAAUCAGGCGCAUCAAUGCAAGUCCACCAUCCUCCUAUUCCCAUUUCCAUUCCCAUUCCCAUUCAAAGCCUGGAUGCUCUACCUCCCCUGCCCCAAACCAGCAGUGUCUGGAACACGGACGGUGGUACUUUCAGGGUGAAAGCUACUUUUGGAGAUGAAAAAAUCCGUUUUAGCUUGCAACCAAAUUGCGGAUUCAGAGAUUUGCAGAUGGAAAUUGCAAGACGUUUCAAUCUGAAGGAGAUGAGCAAAAUUCAGGUGAAGUAUUUGGACGAUGCUCAAGAGUGGGUUCUUUUAACAUGCGAUGCAGAUCUUGAGGAGUGUAAAGACAUAAAUAGAUCAUCUCAGAGCCGCACAGUUAGACUAUUCCUCUUUCAUGCUUCGCCACUAAAUCAUUCAACUAAUGCAUUUGGCAGCACCAGCCCCACUUAACACCUUUUUUCCUGCUUUCAACUUUUACCAUUUUUCACAACUUU